GCGGGUUCGCUUUACUAGAGACAUUCAAACAUUCUAGAAAGCGUUAAAUUUCACGUUUUGUGCGUGUAAUACGCACGCGUGCUUUUUAAAAACUUGCGUGUUUUCACGCGUUUUUUAACUGUACCUAGAAUGUGUAGAUGGUGAUACCUUGUAGGAUCUUAGAUAAUGUCGCGAUUCGCAUCGCACGUGUUAACAAGCCGGUCGUUUUGUAGGUUUUGCACCUCCGGAAGUAAAAGUAAUAAGCGAGCGACGCUCGAGUUGCUUUCUACGCAGGAACAAAUUCGUCGCCGACCUCACCUCUCGCCGCUGCGCGUGAACGCGAACGCAAACUCUGUCAAUUCUCUCGUGGCGCAUUCGCGUUCUAUUCACCGUUCCUACACGACGUCGAAACCUCUAGCAGCUGUAGCAAUGUCUCAAUUCACCACCAUCGAACGCGGUGCUCCCAACACCACUGAUUAUCGUGUUUAUAUUAGUGAUGGAAACGGUCCAAUCUCACCACUGCACGACAUUCCCUUGUACGCUGAUGAAGAGAAAAAGACUUUCAACAUGCUGGUGGAAGUUCCAAGAUGGACGAAUGCCAAAAUGGAAAUAACACUAAAAGAAUCCCUAAAUCCCAUCAAACAAGACGUGAAGAAGGGUAAACUGCGUUUCGUUGCGAAUUGCUUCCCUCAUCAUGGCUACAUCUGGAAUUAUGGAGCCCUGCCACAAACCUGGGAGAAUCCUGACCAUCUUGAUGAUGGAACUGGUUGCAAGGGUGACAAUGAUCCCAUUGAUGUCAUUGAGAUUGGCUACAGGGUUGCAAAACGCGGCGAAGUAAUUCAGGUGAAAAUUUUGGGCACCAUUGCACUUAUCGAUGAGGGUGAAACUGAUUGGAAGCUUAUUGCCAUCGAUGUGAACGAUCCAAUUGCGGAUCAAAUGCAUGAUGUUGCUGAUGUGGAGAAACAUUUCCCUGGUUUGCUGAAAGCAUCUGUGGAAUGGUUCAAAAUCUACAAGAUCCCUGAUAAUAAACCCGAAAAUCAAUUCGCGUUUAAUGGUGAGGCGAAACCAGCCGCAUUUGCUUUGAAUGUCGUCGAAGAGGUUCACAAGUUCUGGAAGCAGUUGGUCAAUAAAGAAGUGGAUGGCAAAGGAAUUUCUUGUUCGAAUGUGACAAUUGAUGGAAGUCCAUUCAAAAUCUCCGAAGAAGACGCUAAAGAAAUCGUGGCUAAAACACCCGGAACUGGCCCGGCUGAACCAAUUGAACCCAUUGUUGAUAAAGUGCACUUUGUCUUUGUGAAGUCACAACUGUAGGCGGUUGGAUAAAUGGCACUACGUCCAUCUGAAGUAAGCCGUGAUGGCGGAGUCAACGAACGCAUUUCUACCUACCAGCACCACAAAAAAUGCAUUUAAAGAUAGUUUAGUGAUAAAAACUCACUGGGCACUGGAUGUAAAUGCAUACGUGUUAUUGUUAUCGUAUUUAAUAGCGACUAAGGAAAUAUAGCUGUUUUGUGAGGGUCA